AUGAAUAAAAUACGCGCGAUCCAAGCGCUUAACCAGAAGGAAAUUGAAAACGGAAUCACUCCAGAAGGUUCCUGGCAUACCGACUACCGCGACACUGCCUACGUCUAUUUUGGCGGUCUACCCUACGAGCUAUCCGAAGGCGAUGUUAUUACAAUCUUCUCCCAAUUCGGAGAACCAGUUUGGCUGAAAUUGGCCCGUGACAAAGAGACUGGCAAGUCAAAAGGUUUCGGAUGGCUCAAGUAUGAAGACCAGAGAAGUACCGAUUUGGCGGUCGACAACCUUGGUGGAGCGGAUAUUAGCGGUCGCCUGAUCAGCGUCGACCAUGCGCGAUACAAAAUGCGGGAUGAUGAGGAUCCAGACGAGUUCAAGGUCGGCUGGGAGGACAUGCUUAAGCGAGAAGGUCAAGCUGUGUCAGAAGAUGAGAGCAGCGAAGAGGAAGAGGUGCAGCGACCGAUGUUGCCUGAAGAGAGAGAACUUGCGCUUUUGAUGCAAGAACACGACGACGAUGAUCCCAUGAAGGGGUUCCUGAUCGAAGAGAAGAAGAAAGAAGUCGAAGAAGCACGGCGCAAAGCAGAUAAGAAGGAUCGCAAAGACAAACACAGACACCAUCGGUCGCAUCGGUCACGGAAAAAUGGGGACGAAGAGGAUAGGCAUCACAGGCCAAGACGACAUAAGAGUCCUGCGGACAGAGAGGAGCGCCACCGAGACAGAGAAUCACGUCGACAUAGAGACGACGACCAUGACCGAGAGAGGAGAGGGGACAAAGACAGACGGAGAGAAAGAAAAGAGGAUGACGAGGACCGUGGCCAUGAUCGAGAUCGAAGAAGAGAUGGCGACCGAGAGCACCGAAGACAUAGGGACGACGAUGACGAGUCGCGGCAUAAACGGCGCAGAGACGAAGACCCUGACAGAAGGCCAAAACGACGAAGUAGAAGUCGAUCGCCAAGACGUCGUGAGGAUUAA